GUGAAAGCCGGCGCGCCCCCGUGGACACGUGACAAGCCAAAACAACACAAAGCAAAUGGUAAUCUGUGCUUUGAUUUCGGUGUAUUGCAUCCGAUUAUGGAUGAAAUAUGUGUGCGCAUCAAAAAUACAUGUUGAGAUCCGCUCUGUGGAUUAAUUUUCCAGUCUAUCGUUAUAAUGGCAAACCAGGAUUAAAUCGUGUAGUUGAGACGAAAGCUCCGCAUACUAUCGUUAUCGCAACUUAGUGAAAACUGUUAUAUUGUGCAAGUGUCUGAGUUGUGUUUAUAAUUCGGAUAGCUGUAUUUUAAAAAGUAAUUCCUUACAUUUACGACGGUCAUAUUUUAACUUGAACGCACCACCUCAGCCAUUGGCUAGUCUCUCGCGGAUUGAUAGCGCGUCAAUUGUCACGUGAUGCGGACCAUGCUCGGUCGUAGCAUGUAAACAAACUGGCUUUAACCUGAAACAUUAAUAUGUGACAUUGUUAGUAAUUAGCCUUAACUCGCUGUCUUUGACGCAAUGCACAUUAUUCAGAAAAGUUAAUAUUCGCACUGGUGUUAAAUAUUUGCCUCUAAACGCAUAGACACGUCAUAGUGUGCUAACCGAUCACGUGACCGUGUCGCACGGGUGGGUCUUCCAACCCACGCUGAAGAGCAGUUACAUGUCCGCCGCACACGUCUAAACUCUGCUAACCAUGGUUCGACUGUGUAGAAUUUGCCUCCGGAAGUAUGGGAACUUUGUGGACAACAUCCGCCUGUAUGUCCGUGCAGGCGCCGGCGGUAUGGGCUUACCCCGCCUUGGGGGGCACGGAGGAAACGGCGGAGAUGUUUGGGUGGUCGCCACCGAGAAGAUGACAUUAAAAAGGAUCAAGGACAAGUACCCUCAAAAACGCUUUGUAGCCGACGUAGGAGCCAACAGCAGCGUGCGUUCCCUGAAAGGAGAGCGGGGGAAGGACAAAGAGAUUUUGGUUCCUGUGGGUGUCACAGUCACCACUGAUGAUGACAAGAUAAUAGGAGACCUGAAUGCAGAGGGUGAUCGUGUGAUGGUGGCCAAAGGAGGACACGGAGGUUGCUUGUCCUCUGCCUUCCUGCCCAGUAAAGGCCAGUCAAGGCAGAUCAAACUGGACCUCAAACUCAUCGCUGACAUGGGCCUGGUGGGGUUCCCAAAUGCGGGCAAGUCGUCCCUGCUGACAGUCUUGUCUAGCGCCACCCCUCAGAUAGCCAACUACCCUUUCACAACUUUGAAGCCCCAGAUUGGUACACUGUUAUACGAAGACCACAAGCAGAUCUCCGUAGCGGAUCUCCCAGGUUUGAUUGAAGGCGCUCACUUGAACAAAGGGAUGGGCCACAAGUUCCUCAAGCAUGUGGAGAGAACCAAGCACCUCCUCUUUGUGGUAGAUGUUUGCGGCUUCCAGCUGGCGAGUCAAACACCAUUCAGGUCGGCCUUUGAAACCGUGCACCUCCUCACCAAGGAGCUGGAGUUGUACAAGGAGGAGCUUGUGAGCAAACCAGCCCUGCUGGUGGUCAACAAGAUGGACCUGCCUGAUGCUGAGGAGAAACUGGCAGAGCUCAAAGAGCAGCUGCUAAACCCAGAAGACUUGUGCAGUACGUCGCUGCCCGCCGACAUGAUACCAAAGAGUCACAUGACGUUCACACACGUGGUUCCCGUCUCCGCUGCCACCGGGUUCGGUGUGGACCGCUUGAAAAGUUUGAUUCGGGAGUCGCUGGAGGAUGACGACACCAUGGCGACCGAGGCCUUCCGUCGGGAAAGACUGCAGCUGCUGAGGCAACGCUCACGUUAGCGUUGCACCACAAACGUUUCACCCUCGAGGCCCCUUUUAUCAUUACGUUACACUUACGUCCCAAAACAGUACCUCUCAUGAACAUGUCCUACAGAUGUAUUCCCCCCCAAUUUCACCACAUCAAAGUUAAGAGAAGCAAGUGUGUUGAUGAAAGAUUUAUUUAUAUGAAAUAUUACAAUACUGAAUUAGGAGGAAAAAAAAUAAGGGUGGGGGUCAUUUUUGCAUCAUCGUCCUGUACAGCACACAGGCCAAACUUAUUCACAAAAAAAGAAGUGUUUUUAUCAUGACAUGUGGUCAGGGCUUACAGACUUUCAAUUAAGUGUGUUUGUGUGUAAUAGUCUUCCAGGAAUACAUUCAACGGACCAGCCUGGUCCUGCGUGUGUGUGUGUGUGUGUGUGUGUGUGUGUGUGUGUGUGUCAGUCCGUGACAUCAAUACAAACAUUUUUACUCAGUGUAGAGCAUUAGAAUUAUUGAAAGGAGAAGAGACGAUGGCUGAGGCCGGGUGAGGAGUUCUGUUCAAAAGGCAAAUGAGCUCAUUUUACAUCUCAAGUUAGGGCCAUCAACAACAAAUAUUUAAAAAAUAAAAUAAAAUUCUCCAUUCAAAACACAUGAAUACAAUAAAGCACUUCAUUACCGCGUGAGUCGCUGCUGUACAUAAUGCCAAGAGAGAAAAGUGAACAAUAUAAAGGUACUUAAUAAAAAAGAUACUACUAGUAGCAAUAGUAAUCCAGUAUGGUGGUGACCUUUAUACGCUAAAGCCUAACGCAGACAUGAAUUACAAAAGGUGCUAAACAAAAUUACAAAUGCACAAUUAAAACUGUACAAAGGAUUUGAUUUUGGGACGUCAAUUACAUGUUUUUUUUUCCUAAACGCCCCCUUCAAUAGCAACACUGGUACUAAGAGCAUUUUUCGUCUUCAUUCUUGUACAGUGUAACAAUGAGGACACCCAUGACUGUCAAAGACAUAUGUGGCUCCCGCUGUGGGCGGUGCUCAAAAUGUUUUGGACGACAUGCUGGGGGGGGCAUUUUGAUGAUUUCAACGGGCUACAGACAUGUAGUUGCUAAGAAGUUCUAUAAAUUAAAGGGGUCCUAUCCUGAUCGGCCCUAUCCUAUUCUAUCCUAUCCUACCCUGAAGAUAUUUUAAAUGAUUUUGGAUGCCAGUGGGGCAGUACGGGAAGUUCUUUCAAUCAAAUAUUCCCUAACUCUGAAAUUGCGUACAGAGUAAAUCUGCAUUCUUCUCAGAUUCCACUGCCUCCUCCCCGACCACGCCUACUCUGUUGCGAUUGGUCAAGGGUCCAGCGGUGCCUCUAAACCCCCCCCCACCGUUGAGCGCUGCAGAGAGAGAGAGAGAGACGGCCCCCCUCAGGCGGUUACAUGAUAAAGGUUAUCAGCAAACACAAUUGGGAUAUUGGAUACCACUACUUUCGUUUCCGAUAUUCAGGCUGGUAUCGGCGAUACCAAUCCGAUACAGAUACAAUUCACCUAAUGCAUCAGUAGUGUAUUUCAUUUCGCAGCAUAAAGACUACAAGAUAUUUAAUUCAUUUAUUAAUGAAAUAAGGUAUUGAAAUACAUUAAUAAUUGAAUAUUUUAAUUACUUUUAAAAUCUUAUAAUAAAACCAUUCAAAUAAAUGAUUCACUAUUAAGAAGUACUAUAGCAAAAAACUUUACUCGCAGGUCACACUCGGGUCAGUUUACAAUCGGUCAUUGUUUCAACGAACAAACGUUCAAACAUUAACGCAAAUGACUGAAGUAUCAAAAGUAUUGAUAUUUUGAUUUGAGCAUUGAUUUGAGAGCAUGAAGAAGUAUCACAAGUAUUGAUAUUUCAGUAUCGAUCAUAUCAAUCAGUCCAGUCCUGUUUGUGUUUUUUAUCGCUCCCAUUCUGCUGUGUUGAAAAGCCGUGUGGCGAGGGGGAGGAAUGAUCUGCUCAACCUUUCAGUAGAGCAGGACAGUGACAGUAAAUCUGCCAGUGAAACUGCUCCUCCACUGGAUAGAGUUGGAUGAAUACUGGAGAAUCCGGCGUGGAACUGUGCUUUGUUCACAAAACACAGGGUCUCUGCUGUUUCAACAAGUCCAACUGAAGACUUUUUAAGACAUUUAAGACCCAUUCCACAUGCACACUGGCAAAAAGGUACAAAAACUAGCAGCACACUAGCUGCUUGUGAUGGAUACAUUCUGACUGGGCUGCACAGGUACAUAGUUAUGUUAUAUUUAAGACAUUUUAGGAGAUUUUUAAAGAAUUUUAGACAUUUUAAAGGCAUUGAAUUGAAAUGAUUGGAUUUUAGACGGAAACUGGAAACUGCUUGUCAGUGAAGAAGUGAGAGUAGAGCAGCCGUAACCGCGAGGUACUGUAGGUCUUGAGCUCCACACAACACAAAAACUUUCCAUUGCUGCUUUAGUCCGGUUUAGACACAAAAUUCUUACAUCCCAAAAAACACUUUCUGGCUGUCCUAAUCAAGAAAAAGCCGCAAACGGUACUGAGCAGCAGUCACCUGCUAGUUGCCAUAUAUGGACUUCCUAAAGUUGGGAUGUGAGAAACGGAGGUGGGAGUAAGUGUGUUUUGCAAGUCUCAAGUCAAGUCUCAAGUUAGACGUGCGCGUCCAAGUCAAGUCUCAAAGCAAGACAAGACAGGUUGAGUCAAGUUUCAAGUCAUAGGCUUGGAAGUUUCCUAAGCCCUGUUUAGUGUGGAGCGAAUCAAAUGCCAUUUUAACAAUGCAACACACCAUUCAAUUUGACAAACACAAUGAAUGCAUUUUGAGUUGUUUUAGCUUUUAAAUGAGACUAGUGUGACAAGACUCAUUCACCGCAACAUUCAGGACUAAGUCAGUGCACAGAAAUGUAAUCCACACAUUCGUUGUUUGUUCUUAAACCUGACGGGACGUUAGUAGAUGCAUUCAAUGAGAAAGAUUCCAAGAGGAAAUAUGCAGUCUUGCUGGAAAUGACGUAACAAUCACAUUAGUUGGAUACGUGAACGGGGACGCAUUUUACUCAACACGCUCACUGAAAAGCUCAAGUAUUUUCAAGUCAUCAGAAUAAAGUCCAAGUUACGUCUCGAGUCAGUGAUGUCAAAGUCCAAGUCAAGUUGCAAGUCUUUGAUGAUAUUGUCAGGUUGAGUCCGUCAUCAAAACUGUGACUCGAGUCUGAGAGGAUCUAAGAUCUAGUGGAACUCUUGUGAUGUUCCCAAGUGGCAAAAAAAGCAGCGUGUGUAUAUAUAUAUAUAUAUCUGCAACUCAUGAUUAUUAGUUGAUUAAUCUUGUUGUUUUGAUUAACCGAGUAAUCGGUUAGGCACUACAACAGGGGUGUCCGAACUUUUUCCAGCGAGAGCCACCUAGUGAAAAAUGAAAAAUGGUAGGAUACAACUUAGCCGCUUUGAUAUUUUGUAAAGAUACUAUCAGAAGUACUAUACUGUAUAUUUCAAGAACAAUCUGCACUUCAGCUUUGUGAUACAGGUGAAAAAGUAUUAGUAUCAACUAGUAUCAACUAUUAGUAUCAACUUCACUCUUUGCUCUCCCCCCCCCCCCACCCCCAAUUGUUUUUUUUUUUUUUACAUUUUCCAAAUCUUACAGUAAAUAACCCAAGUAAAUGUUCUUCUCGAAAUAUUACAGCAUUAUUCCCACAAUAUUUGUAACUUUAUUCCCGUAAUAUUACAACUUUUACCGCAACCCAACUUUCUAAAAAUUCCAACUUAAUGUGUUUUGUUUGUUUGUCAUAACACAACUCCCAAAAAAUUUUUUUCUUUAAAAUUUUGACUCUAUGCUACUAAAAUAAAAUUAUUUUUCCUCAUAAUAUUACGAGUUUAUUCUAGUAAAAUUGCGACUUUUUUUCUCAUUAGAAUACAACUUUUUUCCUCUUAAUAUUUUGACUUCAUUCUCAUAAAAGUACAGCUGGUUUUUUUCAUUUCUACUGUUUUUUCCUCCCCAACCAUUUCAACUUUCUUUUUGUACAUUUUCUUUACUGACUUUAUUCCCAUAGUAUUUUGACUUUAUUCUCGGAACUUUUUCCGCAAACUAAUUUUCCAAAAAUUACAACUUUAUUGGUUGUUUUGUUUGUUUUUCAUAGUAUUACAACUUUUAAAAAACAUUUCAUUCAUAUUUCAAAAUGAUGCUACUAAAAUGAUGUUAUUUUUUCCCUCAUAAUAUUCCGACAUUAUUGUCGUAGAAUUACAAGUUUUUGUCAUUCGAAUACAAUUUUUUUUGGUCUUAAUAUUUUGACUUUCAUUCGUGUAAAAUUACUGAUGAUUUAUUGACUUUUGCUGCUAUUUUUACAAUGUGCUGCCGGCCACAAAUGGUGCCGGGGCCACACUUUGGACACCCCUGAUCUAGAUGGCCCAAAUCAAUACGAACUAAACACAAACAGUUGGCGGUUUGGUCGUCAACUUAUCAGAAACGAGGCAAAAAUGCCCAUCACUGUUUUCCAAAGUCAAAGUUGAUGUGUUUGAAUGUCUCGUUUUGCCUAAAAUGCGACGAUAAUGAGUCUGCUUUCAUGGAUGACUCAGGAAACUAAAAGAUAUUCACAUGUGAGAGGCUGGAAUCAGAACAGAAAUCAGAGGACACUCACAUUUUUAAAUAAAAACGACUAAUCGAAUAGCAAAAAAGUUGUCCAUUAACUGGACAACCAUUCAUCAGUUCAUCAAUUCCUUGCUGCAACUCUAGUGAGAAACACCGCCCCCUGUAGAACAAGAGUAGAACAUCUGAAACAUACACAGGUUGCCAAUGUAAGGAUAAGACCCCUUUAACGAAAAUCAGCCUGCAUGUCAUCUUCGUGUUACAAGUGACGUAGUGAAGUACUGUCUAUUAUUGAUUAUCAGUAUUAGUAUUAACAUCUCUACCAUCUCUCAUUACAUAAUGCCUACGUGCUCUUUUUUUUCAAUUAUUGCUAUUGUUUUUGGGGAUUUUUUUAAGUUUUCUUGUUUAAUUGUAUUUUAGUAAAAGCAGCUGCCGGCUGCACUUAGGCCAACCUUUUUGCAUAAGACAAAUGGCGGUACUGUAUUGGCUGGUUCAUCUCCUCUUAAAGGGGGUGUCAGAAAUCCAAAUGUAAAAACGGAAAGACUACGAGGUGAGCGAGAAGAACACGUUGGUCCUUGUGGACACGGGAAUGUCACAGAAGAAGGCUUUUGUUAAACCAAACGUUUUUGUACAUUCUGCUGUGAAAGGGAGGUGAAGCUUUAAGAGGUCACAGCAAUUAAAAAAAACAAAGAAAAGUGUCAUCGUCUUUCUUUAUGUACACAACAUGGAGAGGAGGAGGAGUGAUGUGCGAUUGUUAGCUAUGAUGGCCACAAAGCGAAAGGUGUGGUAUAUCUGCUCCUCACAUGCGUUCCGUCCAAAUUGAGUCUUUGUUGAUUCAUGCAUGUAGUCUUUAUACACUCACCAACCAUCCAGCGAUGCAGCAAUGGACAUGGA